AUGAAGCUCCCAUCGUUGCUACUGUUUGGAGCCUGUGUAUCUGCCCAGAAGGAUUCCGAGUCUAUCUCAACAGUCCCUCAAGCUCCAACACUUUCUUCAGAGUAUGCGGAUCACUGUGCGACACUUGGCUUUGACGUCAACGCGCUUGACUGUCGUCUUUGUGACGACUUAUCGACAUUUUUGACAUCGACGACAAAAACGUCAAAAAUAGAAACUGUCAAAAUCGUCGGUCAAGAAUGUCGAAAAUGUUGCUCGGACUUUUCCAGAGCAUUGGAAGCUGAAGAUCGCCGCUAUGCGAACGUGGUGCUGGCCGUGAGUCAAUACCGACUGAAGCGAUACCCGACCGUGGCAAACUUCGUAGAGCAUCAAGCCAGCAAGAUCAAAGGACUGGAAGUACAAGAGACCAAUUAUCGACUGCCAACGCUGCAGUUUUUUGACAAAAAGGGUGUCAAAAUUGAAGAAAUCAGUGUGGCGUACUGGGACGAAGAUUCGAUUGCCGAGUUUAUUGACAAGAAAUUGUUGGUGGAGAGUACGACGAAGAAAGAGAAUGAGGAAGACGAAGCAAUUGUCGAGAUGGAAGUAAAGCUGUGA